UACGGCCAACAAACGUGUAGAGCACCCACUUGUUCCCGUCAAACGUAGUUGCUGCCGACAAAACAUUUCUGCCUUAGAAAUUCAGUAGGGAGCAAACAAAAACAAAUUUGCGAAAUCCUUUUCUUCUACACGCGUUCCGGUGGCUCUGGGUAUGACUCUCAGCCGUUUUACCAUGGGCAAGGCAUAACCGCAAGACCAAGGGGUAAUAAAUGCUUCAUAUACCGACAGGGACACGCUCUUCGAUCCAUCUCCGCGCGCCGCUAUUUUACAGUCUUGGGUUCACUCACCAUUCCCAACACUUUACGGGACAUAACAUCCCGUGAUCUGCUCGACCUCGACUAUUUGGUUGGAGCAAAGCUGGGUGGGCGUACCCAUAUGAUGAUUUGUGGGUACAAUGAAGAGGGUCAAUAGGAAUCCGUAUGAUGACGCAGAAAAGCUCUCAGAUUUGGACACCCGCAGCAGCUUUUCAAGGGAUUCUGACAAGAAAUGGGGUUUUAAUUUGAUGCAAUUAAUGGGGUUCUUCCUUCUUUGUUUGAUGCUCUUCUCUGUACUGUUUUCAGUGUCGGUGGUUCUCCGAGACCCCCCUUCAGAUGGCAUUGUCGAAGCAUCUACUUCUGUUGUAUUUCAAGCUGAACAAAGUGGAGGUUUGAACAAAGGGUUCUCUGGUUCUGUUGAGUUGCCAAGAGAUGAGCUCUUGGGUGGCCUUCUUGCUGCUGGAUUUGAUGAAAGAUCUUGUCUGAGCAGGUAUAUGUCAGGAAUACAUGGCAAAGGACUGUCAGGAAAGCCUUCUUCUUAUUUAAUUUCUAGGUUAAGAAAAUAUGAAGCCCUCCACAAAGAAUGCGGACCUUAUACUGAACCCUAUAACAAAACAAUGAAGGAGCUCAGGUCUGGUCAUUCAUCUGGGUCGUCAGGUUGUAAAUAUGUAGUUUGGAUUUCAUUUAGUGGGUUAGGGAAUAGGAUAUUGACCUUAGCCUCGGCAUUUCUUUACGCUCUGCUCACAAACCGUGUUCUACUGGUUGAUCCUGGAGUUGAUAUGAGGGAUCUCUUUUGUGAACCAUUCCCUGAUAUUUCCUGGUUUCUCCCUCGUGAUUUCCCCCUUACCACUGAAAUGCACAAUCUCAAUGAGCAAUCUGCUCAAUGUUAUGGGAAGAUGCUGAAAGACCAUUCAAUUAGAAAUUCCACUGUGCCAUCUUAUGUCUACCUUCAUCUAGCUCAUGAUUAUGAUGAUCAGGAUAAGCUAUUCUUCUGUGACGAAGACCAAAGUUAUCUCCGGAAAGUACCCUGGUUAAUCUUGAAAACAGAUAAUUACUUCAUCCCAUCCCUAUACCUAAUGCCUUCGUUUGAGCAGGAACUUAAUGAUCUCUUCCCAAAGAAGGACACAAUCUUCCAUUUCUUGGGUAGAUACCUUUUCCACCCCACCAACAGGGUAUGGGGACUUGUUACCAGGUACUAUGAAGCCUAUUUAGCUAAAGCCGAUGAAAGAUUAGGCAUCCAGAUUAGAGUGUUUGACACAGAACCAGGCCCAUUUCAACAUGUAUUGGAUCAAAUCUUGUCCUGUACUUUGAAAGAGAAUCUUUUGCCUGAUGUAAACAGACAGCAAGACACCGUGCUAAGUUCAUCAGGAAAGCAAAAGUCAAAAGCAGUGCUAAUGACAUCUUUAAGCUCAGGGUAUUUUGAAAAGGUAAGGGACAUGUAUUGGGAGUAUCCUACGGUGACAGGAGAGGUGGUUGGCAUAUACCAGCCAAGCCAUGAAGGGUAUCAGCAAACAGAGAAGAAGAUGCACAACCAAAAAGCUUUGGCAGAAAUGUAUCUGCUAAGUUUAACUGAUGUGCUGGUCACUAGCUCAUGGUCAACUUUUGGGUAUGUGGCCCAAGGCCUGGGAGGUUUGAAGCCAUGGAUAUUGUACAAGCCGGAGAAUCGAACAGCCCCGGACCCUCCUUGCCAACGAGCCAUGUCAAUGGAGCCAUGCUUCCAUGCUCCUCCCUUCUAUGACUGCAAGGCCAAGAGAGGAACUGACACUGGUGCACUUGUUCCACAUGUGAGACACUGUGAGGAUAUGAGUUGGGGCCUUAAGGUUGUUGACAAAUGAAGGUUAUUUAUGAGUUAUGGCGAUGUGUGUUACUGUAUUGUGACUGUCAAAGCUCAGCUACGAGGGAUGCAAAUUUUCUCGCGAAAUUGAUUUUUUCUUUUGGACGAUAUUUGUGGAAUUGAUUUUCCGAGUCCUAUUUCAUGUGACCCCCCCCCCCAAAAAAAAAAAAAAAACACCAUGAUAAACAGAUUUGAGUACCCUCUGUAGAGAUUAUCAUAUUCAGAUUUGUGUAGAAUUUGAGCAAGAAGUGCUCAUUUUCGUUUCAGAUAAAGCUUUUUAUGAUGUCUUACAAGUAGUUUUUUGC